CUGUGUUAAAGUAGUUUUUCUCCAGACUGUUCCAGCCGCAAUUCACGCGCCCUUGACUCUCUUCGGGGAUCCACUGUUCCUUCUUUCCCCCUGUCGACACAGCCCACUUUGCCCAGACGGUCCGACUCUUCUAUCCGUGCCGGACGGCCCUUCAAAACCGGCGAGACGCCGGCAGGUGGAUUUUCUCUUCACUUUUUCCCGGUUUGUAGACAGAAGCUCGCUUCAGCAUGGCAGCAGCCGCCACUCUGCUCGCUGUUUCGCCACCCGGCGAUUUCUCUCAUUCUAAAUACAGUUUUUGCUCUGUUUCACACUACCCACCCCAGCCCUGUCGGCCCCGCUCUUUGGACUGCUUCUCGCCGUGCCCCUCUCCGUCCUCUUUCGCUGCUGUUAAACAAGUUCGCCCCUGUCUUUCGCCGCAGUACGAACAGGGGAAGUUCGACACGGAGCGUGCGUCGCGACUUCCGCGGACAGCUUUCCACGCGGGAACGGAGAAGUCUUGCUCGGUGAGACGCGCCUGCAGAGAUUUCUUUUCGCUCGAAUGCGAGACUCGCGAGGAAUGCUCGCUUGCUCGCAGCACGCCCGCGAUCCCCUCGUCUGAUCUGGCGUCUUCGUCGCCGCCUGUCUUUCCCGGUGUCUGUACAGCUGCACGGUCUGGAUGUCCCUGUUCUCUCGACAGCGGCGCAGUACCUCAGUUCGCCCUUUUUUUGUCUUCUCUUCGCAUGCAAAGGGACUACAGGAGACCGUUGUUUUCCGACCCCGCUCCGGGUGCCAGCGACAGUUCGAGUGCAUGCAUCCAGGAGUCUUGUUUGAAGACGGAGAAGCGGCAGUCUUCGCUUCACCGUGGUCUUCCUCCACCUCAGCCUCUGCUCCCGAGACAGCGAUGCGCGGCAGGACAGCACAAAGUAAGAGAGGCGAAGGAGACAGAGGAUACGAAGGGUCGCGAAGAGAAAGACAGGAAAGACCGCCAGAGUGGAGGCGGUCAAGAUCGAAGAAGAGAUAGUGACAAGCAUCGAGAACGAGGCCGAGGAAGUGACAGAGGCGACCGUGGACAGGCAAAUCGCGACGACAGUCGAGGAGACGAGAAGGAUCGCGACAAGAAGCAGGGCAGCAAGAAGAAGGAGAGCAAGAAGAGGGGGGAAAGCAAGAAAAGUCGACGCCGCGAGGAGUCGAAGAGCGAUCGUGAAUCGCGCUCGCGGAGCAGACACCGGUCCUCCAGUCGCCGGCGAGAGAAGCGCAAGCGGGAAGAGGCAAAGGGCGAGGUGAAUGGCUCUACACAGAAGGAGGAAUCUCGUCGCCGCUCUUCUGUGAUGUCUGUGGAGUCCCUCGCAUCGAAGAAAAAGUCUCGCGAGCGCUCCCAAGACAGGAGAGCGAAGAAGCAUCGCCACUCGAGUCGAGACAGGAAGGCGAAGAAGCACAGACACCACAACAGUAGCCGGCGUCAUCGGUCUCGGUCUUCCUCAGACUCGGAAAGGCGUCGCUCGAGCAGCCGUAGCUCGUCCCCGCCGCGUCGCACCGCGAAGAACACAACAGAUCCUACACGUAACUCGGAAAACGAUCCCUUCCCGGCAGAUCUCCAGGGCCCCUGCUUUGUCAAGGUGUUGCCUCAGGCUCGAGACCCUCCCGUCGUCCUUGGUAUCGACAACCGCGGCGUGUUGAACCUCGCGAAGGCCCACGGAUGCAAGCUGAAGCUGUCGGCCGUCUCUGAUCUGUACCCGCAGACUGAGCGUCGCUUUCUCCUCGUGUAUGGUGCCGAGAUCGGCGCGUGCGUCGCGGCUCUCAAAGGCUGGGUCGCAAAGACUGCAGACGCCUCGGAUCCGAAGCGCAGUGCAGCCAUUACCUUCCUGGUGCCCGACGCUGCGAUGAGUUCCGUCGAGGUGCCUGAUGGAGAGCGGAAGGCGCGCACAACGACACUCGAGGACCUUCGGAAACUGUGUGGCUCGCGUGUGAAGAUCUCCUCCCGGCGCGAGAUGAAGAAGGCCCACGGCCGCGAGCGCUUGGUCACGCUCCAAGGGUCCAUUGAGAGCGUGCAGAGCGGUGUUGAGGCACUCGCGACUGCGCUUCAAAGCUUCCCCGAGUUGCGGGAUUACAUGAAUGUGCAGUAUGUGGCGUACUCGCAGGAGAGACAGAGACGGAAGCGGUCGCCGUCGCCGUUGCCGACGAUUCCACGCGUGGUGAUUCGCGAGCCGUCGAUGCCGAGCGCAACGGUCCCCGGGCUUCAGUUCCAGCGGGCGCUGCAGGGCGUGAGCGUGCAGGACGAGCUUGUCAAGAUCACGAAUCUGCGAGGGAUUCUGGACCCGACAACGCCCCAUAUGCACGGACCCGCGUACGCGAAGAUCGUGAUUUCGGAUCUCGUUACGACGCUGCUCCUCGGAACGACGACGAAGGAGCCGAACCACUCUUGUCCGCUGCGGCUGAUUGAGGCGACCUUCAAAGUCGCCGCGAAGAUCAUGGACCCUGAGAGUCCAGGGAUUCUCGAGCGCGUUCUGGUGCUCUCUGGAGAGCCGUCGGACGUGGACAAGGCCACGCUGGCGGUCCUCGAGCAGGUCUACGCUGCAUGCAUCAUGGCGGGGCAGCCUUCCCAGGUGACUUGGCGAAUGUGUGCGUCGAACAGUGCAGCCUCGCUCAUCAUCGGCACGGGUGGACACCGCGUCAAGCAGCUCCGGACGCUGAGCAACACGCGUAUCCAAAUCAACACGCGAGACAACGUCCCGAACAUCGACAGGUUCGAGCGCGUGAUUGCCGUGACCGGCAGCUUCGACUCCGUCGUGAGCGUCACCAAGGCCAUGCUUCCCUUCAUGCAUGCAGACACGAACCACGCGUCCCAUGUCCACCAGUGCUACGGAACAGGUCGGAAGCUUGAGAUGCCCGACUGGGUUGAGGGCGUCAUUCACCGCGACGGGAUGGACGAGGAGGCGUGCCGGCGGCCGCCGGUGCCGGACAAGCGGGAAGUCGUUCUCGAGGGUUCGUGCUUCAUGAAGCUUCUGAUCGACAACGGUCUUGCGAACGCGCUGAUCGGCGAAGACAGCGCAAACAUCCAGAAGCUCUCCGAGGCCACCCAAUGCAACAUGAAGUUUGCAGAUCCAGACAACGUUUUCCCCGGCUGCCCCGGCGAACGCAUUUUGAUGCUCGCGGGCUCCGGCGAUGCCAUGAACGCCGCGACCAUCGCUAUCAUCGAAAAGUGCAAGGAAGUCCACCCCAAUCUCUCCUACGACCAAAUGUACGGAAAAGUAAUCAUUCCCCAGAGCUGCUGCUCCGCUGUCGUCGGCCACGGGGGUCUGAAGAUCAGAGAAAUCCGCGACGCAACUCUCACGCGUGUCGAAAUCUCGAAAAAGGGCCUUCUCACCUCCGAACGCCUCGUCACCAUCUUCGGCAUGCCCCAGGGUGUACAUACAGCUCUCAUCACGGUGUGCGGCCUUAUCCAGUUCGACCCUGCUGUCAAAGCCUUCCUCGAGGUCGUUUACCCGCCCGAGGUUCUCGAGCAGCAGCGGAAGCUUGAGGAAGAACGGCUGUCUGCAAAUGUCAUUGGAGCCGUCAUGGAAGGCGUCAACGCGGUCAUCAGCAAAGUCGGCGGAGACGAAGCUGCUCAAGCCGCUCUGAAGAAACUCCAGGAAAUGCAGCGAGCCGCAGCACUUGCAGCUGGAGAAGCGCCUCCGGAAACUUACGACUUCCGGGGGCCUCUGGGGCCGAUGGGGCAGAUACGCCAAGACAACGCGGCGGGGCCGGACUACUCAGCUGGUAUUUCCUUCGUGCCUGCUUCUGGGGCUUCCAGGCCCUCGCCUCCAGGCCAGAGUUUGUUUCCCCCGCCUCCUCCGCCCCCUGGGGCUCCGCCGGGGGCCUUGCCGAGCGACGGGUCUGCUUUCUUCCCGCCUCCAGAGCCACCUGUCCCUCCGUUGUCUCGCCAGGAGCUGAGACAGAAAAUCCUUGAUGCCUCACUGAACAGAGUGGCGACGGCAGCUGAGGCCAUGCAUGCGAACCCUGGGUAUGCAAAUGCGUAUCCAGACGACGAUUUAGAGGAAGAUCCGUCGCUCGCGGGUCUCAUGGACGAGAAAUUCUAACUCGCUAUCCGUUCAGUAAACCCGCUAUAUCCAUUUGUAUGGGGGGUUCUCGGAAGUCGUUUUCCCAGGAACGAACGCUUUACCGGGAGAGAACAGAGAAGUUUGAGGGGAGAAGUCGACGAACUAGGGCCGAGGAAGCGAAGAACAGAGAAGAAGGCGCGGUGCAGCAGAAACGGUCUACAGGGAAAGGAGGUGUAGAGCAGGAGAAAGGCAAAAAGGAGGACGGCCAGAAACGAAAAAUCCUGGGUCAGAGAAAGGAUGCAAAGAUUCAGAUCAUGCUUACCUAUAUUUUCGUUGAAAACACAUGGCAUCCAAUAGGAAAGGAGAACAAACAGAAGAAAACGCGAGAAACAACGACAAACUCGACGAUGAAAAACGAUGAACAGCUUGGAGUGGAAUAAAAUAGAACCAGGUCUUAGUAUACCGCGCGGUGUAUGCGUGCAUGCAAGCGUACGUCUAUCAUGUAUACAUAUAUAUGUG